CACAAACACGUGCAGUGAACUUCAACCAGGGUCAGCGUAAAAGUGUUUUGGUAGCGGCAAUUGUUAUUUAACGUUUUUUAAAGGAUAAUAAAUGGCUACAAGUGUUAAAUUGAAAGAGGCAUUUGAAGUUGAAGCUCAAUAUGGGGCAUUCUACACGGGCGGACCAGUUUCAUGGACAUCUGACGGAGAAGAGCUGAUUUGCCUGGACAUUGGAAAAAUCAACAUAAUCAACGUUGACACGGGAAACAUUGCGAAAACAAUCGGAGCAGUGGAAGAGGGCGUCGAUGAAGAUGUGAUUUACACUUUUGCUCUAAGCUACGACAAUCUACACAUUCUGACGGCUCACAAAAGUGGCCUUCUGAAACUGUGGUCCAAGGAAGAUGGGACCUUGAUCAAAAUGUGGAAAGCAGUUCACCAAGGACCCAUAGCAAAAUUAUGUUUCAGACGCGAUGGAAAUAUGGUAGCGACUGGAGGUUCUGAUUCAACAAUUCGAACAUGGGACUAUGUAAAGAAGACAUGCGUUUCGGCUCUCAAGGGCAGUCAAGGAGUCGUGAGUAUCGUUCAGUUUCAUCCUGACUCUGGGCAGAAUCUUAUAUUCGGCGUUGGUGACGAUAACAGUAUUAAUUGUUGGGAUUUUAUAACCAAAGAAAAUAAAAUGACCCUCAAAGGUCACUACUCUAAAGUGACGGCACUCGAUUUCACGGCAGAUUUUAAGCACUUGGUGUCAGUGAGCAGGGACAAAGUGCUGAUUCUAUGGGACUUAAUGAAGAAAUCCCAAGCCAGAGUCAUUCCAAUCUAUGAAGCAUUAGAAGGAGUUUGUGUGCUUCCAAAUAACUUCAAAUUGCCAAACAAUUUCAAUCUGGCCGCUAACGAAAACAAAGAAAAAAUCUUCGCCGCAGUGGCGGGAGAAAGUGGGGCUGUAAAUGUCUGGGAAUGCACUGAAUCCAGGAUUGUAUAUACACAGACAAACAGCAUAAUAGCGAAGGCUUCCGAAGAAGGAGGACUUGCAAUAACCCAAUUGUUAUAUUGUCCUAAAAAGUCACAGAUUGCAGUUGUUAGCGUCGAUCACAAUAUUAUGGUUUACAAUUUGAGUACGUUUUUCUGUUCGAAGCAGCUUGUUGGGUUCAGUGAUGAGAUUCUGGAUAUUUGCUUUCUCGGGAAGAAAGGUCGAUACUUGGCAGUUGCCACGAACAGCAAUGAUAUCAAAUGUUACGACACAUUGAAUAUGAAUUGUACGAUUCUGAGUGGUCAUACGGAUAUUGUAUUGGCACUCGCUUCGCAUAAGAACUUCCUGCUUUCGUCUGGAAAGGAUAAUAGCAUACGAAUUUGGGAAGUUAACUCAGGCAACUUCUCUGUGAAAUGUGUAGCCCGUGGGAUGAAACAUACAUCUAGUGUCGGGUCAGUUGCUUUUGGCAAACUUUCCCACACAAUUUGUGCCUCUGUCAGUCAAGAUACAUGCCUCAAAGUCUGGUCGGUUCCAAAGAAUUUCGAUGGAGAUGAUAUCUUAUCAUUCAAUUGUGUUGCUACUCAAGUCGCUCAUGAAAAAGACGUGAAUUGUGUGACAAUUUCACCAAAUGACAAAAUUAUCGCUACUGCAUCUCAAGAUAAAACGGCCAAAUUGUGGUCAUCGAGUGACUUGCAACUGAUUGGAGUCUUGCGAGGGCAUAAACGUGGGGUGUGGUGCGUUCGAUUCUCACCGACCGAUCAGAUCCUGCUUACAACAUCGGCCGAUUGUACUCUCCGAUUAUGGUCUAUCACAGACAUGAGCUGUUUGAAAUCCAUCGAAGGACAUGAAAGCUCUGUCCUGCGCGGCGAAUUUAUUUCUAAUGGAAUGCAACUUCUCUCAGCUGGGGCUGAUGGCUUGUUAAAAGUGUGGAACAUCAAAUCUAGCGAGUGCUGCACUACCUUGGAUAAGCAUGAAUCCCGAAUUUGGACAGUGGCAGUUUCUCACGACGAAACACAUUUCUACAGUGGAGGGUCAGAUUCACAAUUGAUCAAAUGGAAGGACGUCACCGAGGAAAAACGACUCACAGAACUAAAAGAACGACAGGACCAAUUCUUGCAAGAGCAAGAGUUGAACAAUUUACUGGCACAAAAGAAAACGUUAAAAGCCCUGAGAAUGGCUCUUAAAUUAGAUAAACCAAAUCUUACCCUGAAAAUUAUAAACACAAUCAUUAAAAAUCAAGAACAAGGACUCGAGGAAACGAUCGCAGCCCUAAAUGAAUUACAUAAGGAAAGUCUUCUGACGCAUACCACAACUUGGAACACGAACAGUAAAAAUACAAGACCUGCACAAUUGGUCCUAAAUAUUUUAAUUAAGGAAAUGCUCGCUGGUCGCUUCAAGCCUUCAAAUAUGAGUAAAAUGGUAGAAGAUUCUAUUCCGUAUACAGAAAGGCAUUUCAAAAGGAUGACCGAAUAUUUAAAAGAUUUGAAAUUUAUUGAGUUUACAUUGAAAUGUAUGCAACCUCAUAUUAAAAUGGAGGUGGAUAGUUGAUAGGCGUCAGAUGUAUAAUAUUAAAAAAUGUUAUAGCUUUAAGAACUAAAUAAAAAUUAAUUUGAAAUUA